AUGAACCCUGAAGCUUCCACCGGUCUCUCAUCCGCUCAUGGCGACCAAGUGAUGUUGUUCAGGGAUGUUUCACUGGGCCCACAUGAAGCCGAGUUGAGGUUCCGACUGAUUCACCUCUGGGAGGCUCGAAAUCCAAAUACCAAAAUUCUCAUUGGUGAAGAGAUGCUCCUUAUCGACGAAGAGGGAACUGUUAUUCAGGGUUUUGUUCCGGCUGGUCGUGUAGGAACAUUUGAUCUCUCAGCUGGUUUCGUCUAUAAGUUGACCAAAUUUUUCGGAUCCAGAAGCAAAAUUCAGUAUCGGGUUGCUGAUCAUAGCGCCACCGUCUCAUUCUCUUGGAAUUCUUCUUUGUCGGUCCUUGAGAAUCAUCCGGUUCUCUUUCCAGUAGAUCGGUUCAGGUUCCACAGCUACGAUGAGUUUAGGGCCAACUGUGACUCCAAGGGCGGUCUUUAUGACUAUGUUGGCCAUAUGAAGCUGGUGAAUGGGCAAACUAUCACUGACCACAUUGUUCUUGACGAAGCUGAUAUAACAGAGAAGCGGCAUCUGUGUGUUCAUGUUCAGUCACUUGAACCAGUGAUGAAGCUCUAUCUAUGGGACUAG